AGGAAGUAAUGGGCACAAACCCGGCCACAGAAAGCAAUCCUCAACCAGACAUAAAAAUCAAGGCCGAAACGAGGUGUGAGAAGAAGGAAGUGAUCAGAAAACCUUUAUGGUCAAAUGGGAGGAGGAGAGGGAAACGCGGACGAGGUAAAAGAGGUUCAAAACACCGUGUGCUGGAUCGGAAAGAAGAAAGUCUCCUGGCCCAGAAUAGAGAGCGCGUGGACUCGGAGUUCGUGUCUGUGGCAGGUGAGGGUCUGAUAGAAGGAUCAAGUACGAGCAUUGGCUUACAUAACGCCGGGGUCGCGAAUCUUGCGGUCGCUGAGGUCGAGGAGAAGGGUAGGGGUGCGAGUGUGUCUGGGGAUAUUGCACCUGCUGAAAAGGCAAGUGUGGUAGAUAAAGAGGGGAUUAAAACAGUACCGAACAUCGCAGGUAUAGAAGACGAUGAUGGAAUCAUAGUGGAUAUCGUAACCGUGGGUGAGGCCGACAGUGAUGCCAGCGACAGUGAAUUCAGUGCGAGUGAAUUUGGUGGUACUGUCGGCGUAGAGAUUUCGGGCCUAUCGGAAAGUACGGAAUCACCCAAGAACACGGAUGGUGCACUACAUACAAAUGCGAGCUCGGGUGUGCCUGUGGGUGUCGGAGGAGGUGUGGGUAGGCAUGGGGGUGUGGUCAAAUCACAGACUCAUUCCACACUGCAAAGCAUUCUGCCAUGGUUCCAUCACAACUUCCCGUACCCGGAAGAACCGACCUUCGAAAGCGAUGAAACGGAAAAGGCGUGGAACAGAGACGAUAUCCACACGCCAACCACUGCCACUACACACUAUGCGUCGCCGUAUAAACGCCCCAAUAAUCACAAUGCGGCUAAGAAACCACAAGAUCUGACGGGUACAGAGGAGGUGGAAUGCGAUCAUGCUAAAUGCGCGCAGUUAGAUAUCCAGAGACACGGCGAUGAAGAUGUUAGCGAAAAAGGUGACGUGAGUGCGAGUGGGAGGGGUGUGAAGCGAAGGCGAUGUUCGGUACUUAUGAGGGGUCAUCGCGGCGGUGGCAACGGUCUGUUGCUAAGCAACGACGCGUAUAAUGGAUGGCGCAUGCACAGGGGUGAACGAGCACUGUUGCGCGCGUAUCAGUUACACAAUACGUAAACGUCACUCUUGCACGAGUAUUGGAAUCCGUUCUGCUAGGUUUCCUGAGUCUAGAUAUGUAGGUUUGUCCGACAUGCAUAAAUACGAGUAGAUGUUCUCGCUUGAAUAAGUUCAAUACAAUAGUG